CCGUGCGGAAGUCCACCGAGGAAGGGAGGCGUCUUCCUAGAGAGGCUGAGGACGAGAGGGGGCGGGUGAGCGCACUUCCGGAGGAGGAGGAGGAGGAGCAGAGGGCGAGUGAGGGAGACAAAGGAAGAAGAGAGCGGAGGAGUAUACCUCGCCCUUCUCGCUUCAAAGGGGACUCAGAGCGGCUUUACCGAACACACACACGGCAAACAUUCAGUGCCUGAUUCUACAAUUAAUAAGGACAGACAACAGAGACAGAGGUAACCUCUGGAUGAACCUUGUGAAGAACACAGACCUUUUUUAGGACUGAAAUGAACGUACACAGCACUGACAAGAACAAGAAAUAAGUUGCAGGAAUUAUAUUUCAAGCUACAUACCUGUGUAUUCAAGGAGGAAAGGGAGGAUUGUGCUGUAAGAAGAGGGGCUUGGUAAAGAGGAAAGAAGACUACAGCAAUCAAUACAAAGACUCAGAAGAGGAAAACUUGUCUGGUUCAGUAGUACAUAUCUGUCAACUUCUGGCAUAAUAUUUUAAUCAUAAACGUAAAAAAAUGGAAAAUCUCCAUUCCUUGUCAAAAUCACACACAGGGGAGAAACCACAUAAAUGCACGAAGUGUGAAAAGAGCUUCAUUCUUAGUGGACAUCUGCGUACACAUCAAAAGAUCCACACAGGGGAGAAGCCACAUAAAUGCAUGGAAUGUGGGAAGAGCUUCAGUCAGAGUGUACAUCUACAUAAUCAUCAAAAAACCCACACAGGGGAGAAGCCACAUAAAUGUAUGGCAUGUGGAAAGAGCUUCAGUCUCAGUGCCAGUCUGCAUUCCCAUCAAAGGAUCCACACAGGGGAGAAGCCACAUAAAUGCAUAGAAUGUGGAAAGAGCUUCAGUCAGAGUGGAAGCUUGCGUAUCCAUCAAAUGACCCACACAGGGGAGAAGCCACAUAAAUGCAUGGAAUGUGGGAAGAUCUUCAGUCAGAGUGGACAUCUGCGUACCCAUCAAAGGUCCCACACAGGGGAGAAGCCACAUAAAUGCUUGGAAUGUGGAAAGAGCUUCCGUGAGAGUGGAACGCUGCGCUCACAUCAAAGGAUGCACACAGGGGAGAAGCCACAUAAAUGCAUGGAAUGUGGAAAAAGUUUCAGUCAGAGUGGACAUCUGCAGUCCCAUCAAAGGACCCACACAGGAGAGAAGCCACAUAAGUGCAUGGAAUGUGGAAAGAGUUUCAGUCACAGUACAAGUUUUCGUAUCCAUCAAAGGAUCCAUACAGGAGAGAAGCCACAUAAAUGCAUGGAAUGUGGAAAGAGCUUCAGUCAGAGUGGACAUCUACGUUCCCAUCAAAGGAGCCACAAAGGGGAGAAGCCACAUAAAUGCAUGAAAUGCGGGAAGAGCUUCAGUGAGAGUGGACAUCUGCGUUCCCAUCAAAGGAUCCACACAGGAGAAAAGCCACAUAACUGCAUGGAAUGUGGAAAGAGCUUUAGUGAGAUUGCGAAUCUGCGUCUCCAUAAAAGGACCCACACAGGAGAGAAGCCAUAUAAUUGUGUGGAAUGUGGAAAGAGCUUCAGUUGGAGUGGACAACUGCAUAUCCAUCAAAGGACCCACACAGGAGAGAAGCCACAUAAAUGCAUGGAAUGUGGAAAGAGUUUCAGUUGGAGUGGACAACUGCAUAUCCAUCAAAGGACCCACACAGAGGAGAAACCACAUAAAUGCAUGGAAUGUGGAAAGAGCUUCAGUCAGAGUGGAAAUCUGCGUUCCCAUCAAAGGACCCACACAGGGGAGAAGCCACAUAACUGCUUGGAAUGUGGAAAGUGCUUCAGCCACAGUUCAAGUCUGCAUGCCCAUCAAAGGAUCCACACAGGGGAGAAGCCACAUAAAUGCAUGGAAUGUGGAAAGAGCUUCAGUGAGACUGCGAAUCUGCGUAGCCAUAAAAGGACCCACACAGGAGAGAAGCCACAUAAGUGCAUGGAAUGUGGAAAGAGCUUCAGUCACAAUGCGAGUCUGCACAUUCAUCAAAGGAGCCAUACAGGGGAGAAGCCACAUAAGUGCAUGGAAUGUGGAAAGAGCUUCAGUGAGAGUACGAAUCUGCGUCGCCAUAAAAGGACCCACACAGGAGAGAAGCCACAUAAGUGCAUGGAAUGUGGAAAGAGCUUCAGUCAGAGUGCACAUCUACGUUCCCAUCAAAGGACCCACACAGAAGAGUCACAAUGCAAGUCUGCAUAUCCAUGAAAGGACCCACACAGGAGAGAAGCCACAUAAAUGCAUGGACUCUGGAAAGAGCUGCACACAAGGUUCAGCAUGCAUUACACAUGAAAGAACUCACACACAGCUAGAUGACUCCUGCCUGCAUGUUUCCUAGUUCUACUAAAAAAAUUUCCCCACUCAAGGGUCCCAGGCAGAAAAAAAUGAGACAAUGGACAGAAAAAUGAAAGCCGCCACCUAGGUCUGUAUCUAUCGUGUACAGUAGUUUAUGUGGUCUGGCUUUACUGACUCAUAGAAUCAUAGAAUAGUAGAGUUGGAAGAGACCUCAUGGGCCAUCCAGUCCAACCCCCUGCUAAGAAGCAGGAAAUCGCAUUCUGGAAAUUCAGGAAAUUGAUUCUGGGGGCAGGUCUUUUCUCAGUAUUGCAGCCAGCUUGGAAGGGGUUUACCUGACCUUUUCCUCCUCGAGAAAAGCAUUGCAGGAUUCUGGGAUGAUCUGUGAAGGCUUUCUGAAAUGAGCACCAGCUGAGAUUUCAUGAGAAGAGGGUUCUGGAAAAGAAUAGCUCUUUUGUAGCAGAUAACAACAUAGAUUCAUAUUCUUGCCCUGGAUCUUGGCUCUGCUGCCUCUCAGAGAGAAUUCUGGACUCUGGCCUUGUUCCUAUAAUCCUGUUCUGGACUCUGUUGUACCCUAAAUGGUUGACUUUAAAUUCUGGACUGAGUGCUUGGCUUGAUUUAUGGACUUGGGCUUCAGUUUGCAUCCCUGCCUCUCUGGCUUGACUUUGGAAUUCUGACUUUGGUUUGUACUCUUGCAUUCUUGGUUGUUAUUUUAUGAACUGUGGUGACUGCAUUCCUGACAUCUGACUAUUGGACUGUGACCUUGGGAAAUAUUUGUUUAUUUGUAAAUUAUGCUUUUAAUUGUAAGCUCCUUUGGGUUUCCUUCGGGAGAGAUAAAGUGGGGUAUAUAUAAACAUAAUAAUAAUAAUAAUAAUAAUAAUAAUAAUAAUAAUAAUAAUAAUAAUAAUACCUCCUUAGAGUAAACCCCCUGUAGUAAUUGAGACUGUUCAGUCCUUACUAUUACCAUUGACGAAAUGUCCUUUAGGAUACACAGCAUCUCUCCCUAAUUGCAGAGGAUGGAAGACAAAGAUUGAUGACAUCAGCUGAUGAAGAUUCUUAAAUUUAACUAAGACAAUUUAACUAAGUUGAUGAAGGGAAAUAUUUGUUUAACUACAAGCAAGAUUGGGAACUACUAAUUUACUAGUUAUAAUAAUGAGGGGAUAUUUGUUUAUUGUGGGUUUUAGGAAUUAGUUCAAUAUAAUUAAAAAUGGAAGAGUAAAUACAGAACAGCAUUUAAAGUGAGUAAAUAGACAUAUAUAUCAGCAUGCAGUGAGAGUUUUUUAGUUUCAUUUUUCUGUUAGUUUUGUUGUUAUUGUGUAGGUCUGUGUUGUUGAGUCUUUUAUGUUUAUUAAAUGUGGUGGAGGCUCCUUCUUUGGAGGCUUUUAAGCAGAGGCUGGGUGGCCAUCUGUCAGGAGUGCUUUGAAUGUGAUUUCCUGCUUCUUAGCGGGGGGUUGGACUGGAUGGCCCAUGAGGUCGCUUCCAACUCUAGGAUUCUAUGAUUCUGUGAAAUAGUCCUUUUAAAAAAAUGCCAAUAUUGUAAUAUUGUUAAAAGAAUUAUUGGAACAAUCUAUUAAGAGUACAGAAAUAGAGGAAGUCAUUAAGAGUUUAAAAGCUGAGAAAGCUUCAGAUCUGGACAGAUUGGGAACAGAAUAUUAUAAAGGUUUUAGAGAAAUAUUGACUCCAAAAUUGUUAGAAUUGUAUAUUGAAAUAGUGUAAA